AGAGAGAGAGAGAGAGAGAGAGAGAGAGAGAGGGAGAGAGAGUAAGAGGGAAAGAGAGAGAGAGAGAGAGAGAGAGAGAGAGAGAGAGAGAGAGAGAGAGAGAGAAGAGAGAGAGAGAGAGAGAGAGAGAGGGAGAGAGAGAAAGAGAGAGAGAGAGAGAGGGAGGAUUUGAAAGGGGUCUCUCUGUUGCGAGGGAGACAAAAACCCGCUCAGGAUUCCCGCCGCUGUCUCAAUGUCACGAUCCACCACAGGAAAUCUAUCUACUCAGCUUCCUUUCUCCCGGGGAAGGAAGAUUACAAUUAGCUUUUCAUCGUGAGCUUUUGGCAGAUUCGGCAGCACACUCAGUCCCGAGGAGAAAAGCAGGCAUCGGGUUCUUGUGGUCACAGCACAGCAUUUGCCAUACCAAGCCAUUCUAUAAACAAACAAACAAAUAAAUAGAUGGAGAGAUGAAACAUCAAUAUAGACUGGGCAAUGGGAAGAAAUGGAAAUUUGGUUAUGAGAGCCAUAUUUCUCCUUGGUUUCAUGGAUCCAAAGAGAAAACCAACAUCAGGAUUCCCAGGAGAAGGUCAGUGCUCUGAAAGAAUAUAAUGGAUCAUGUGGAGAAUGACAACAUCAGUUUUAGUCCAUGGAAAGCAGCUGAUGAAUAUACCACUGCAAUCUGGUCCAUCCAGAAGAAGACUUGCAAUUGAUUGACAAUGCAUUCACAUCUCAGGCUGACCCCACCUGUUACACUAUUGUUGGCACUCCUUCAACCUUUGAACUCUUUGUCCAUUAGUCAAGAGUCCAUACCUCAGGCAUGUCAUGUUUUCUCAGGAAUCCAUGAUUUCCAGAGAUAUGUUGGUUGCUCUCCAUCUGAUGAAGAGUUACGUCAUUGCCAUUAAAAAAGCACAAAACAUCUCAAGCGUCAAUAUACCAAUCAUAAGAGCACGGAUGGGAAGAGAUUACCAGCAGGAAUUGACCAAGCCUUAGAUCUAUCGCUGGAGUACUGGAGGGAAUAGCUAACUAUAUUUUCGAUCAGCAGAUCAAAAUAAUAGGAGCAAUCAUCUUUGGCUACUUUAUCUUUAGUUUAGCAGUGUGUUUGACCUUUUGUAUUCUUCAGCUACGUGGAGAUAUUCCUUUAGUCCUGCAGUACUGGCUGAAAGGUGCUCCACGACCACUAACAUGGUCCUUCCUCCACCCGACAGGCGCCAUGUGUGCCUCUCCACCAUCGUCAUCAUGAGUAGCAUGGCCUUCAUGGACGCCUACCUGGUGGAGCAGAACCAGGGGCCUCGGAAGAUUGGGGUCUGUAUCAUUGUGCUGGUUGGAGACAUCUGCUUCCUCAUUGUGUUGCGGUAUGUGGCAGUCUGGGUCGGAGCUGAGGUGAAGACCGCCAAGCGUGGAUACGCCAUGAUCCUCUGGUUUCUGUACAUAUUCGUCCUGGAGAUUAAGCUCUACUUUAUUUUUCAGAACUACAAGGCUGAGAAAAAGAACACAGACAUAGUCGCACGAAAGGCACUGACCUUACUGCUUUCUAUCUGUGUGCCUGGGCUGUACCUCAUCUUGAUCGCCUUAGACAGCAUGGACUACGUCAGGACUUUCAGGAAGAAAGAGGAUCUAAGAGGACGUCUGUUCUGGGUAGCCCUGGAUUUGUUGGAUAUUUUGGACAUCCAAGCCAAUCUCUGGGAACCACAUAAGUCCGGCCUUCCCAUGUGGGCAGAGGGCCUCAUGUUUUUCUACUGUUACAUUCUCUUGCUCAUUCUGCCAUGUGUGUCUCUCAGUGAGAUCAGCAUGCAAGGUGAGCACAUAGCCCCUCAGAAGAUGAUGCUAUAUCCUGUGUUAAGCUUGGUAACCAUCAACAUAGUGACGAUAUUCAUCCGAUCAAUUAACAUGUUACUGUUCCGAGACAGUCGGGUUUCGACGAUAUUUAUUGGUAAGAACAUCAUCGCAAUAGCCACCAAGACUUGCUCUUUUAUAGAGUAUCAGAAACAGGUCAAGAAUUUCCCAGAGAAUGCAAUAGCCCUAGAGCUCCAGCAGAAUUCCAUCCCUCACAGUCAGAGCAUCCACAAUACACAAGCUGUCCCACAUGACCAAACCCCAACCGGAGAAAUAGUGGACACAUGACAGCAAGCAAGUCAACUAUCAACUGGGAAGCAGGUCGUUUCCAAAAGCAGUCCAGGAAGAGUAACAAUGGGAAAGAAAUACUUCCAGACUCUGGGUGGCAAUGACUGCUCCAUAUCCAAUAAGAAUCCAUGGAUGGGCUAAUAGCAAUCUGUGCUCACACUACUCUCAAUUUUCUCUUUUUCCUAUUGGUUUCCUAUUGCUGGCCUCUUGCUAUAACUCAGGUAUGACAAGGAGAGUUUGACGACAGCUUUGGGAUGGUUACAGAACAACUCUUCAAAAGAAUAUUCUUGCCCUGGAAAUUGAAGCCACCAAAAGAAGUCGCAACUAAGUGUUUUUAUUCCAUAGUCAAUGAUUCAUUGGAUUUGUCAUUCUCAAUACCAAGACUUUAAUGUCCAGAUUUCUAACAUCUGAAAUGAAUGUGUUUAUUAUGAUGGCAGCCAUUUUACAAACAUAUUUUGAGAACUAACUGUAUUUUCAGACACAGAGUAAGCGAUUUCAGAAAUUACAUUUCUGCCAAAUUUUAACAGAAGACAUCUGGGAAGGUAAAGGAAAGGAGGUGAAUUAACCUUGCUGUGUCUCUGACGGAUUGGCCUUGAAUUGUUACCUCUUUCUGUGCAGGUAGAUGAGCAUUAUGUUGUUGCCUUCAUCUCUUUCACUCUUCCAACUCAUGAUUGUUAAUUUAAUCCCAAAAUCUGCAACUCCUGAGAAAUCCACUCAGUUUUUUGAUGUAAGCCAUUGGUGGAAGCUAAUGUCCAGUGCAACACUGAAAAGACUCGUUAAAAAUUGACUGUAGGUUAAAUCACAAGCAAUUGUUGCCAUAAAAUCCACAGUCAUGCAGAACAGAAACAGACACACUGUCCAUAAAUUAUGUAUUGCUUUAAAAUAACAUAAUGGAAAGGUUUAAAUGUGCACUUCAUCCAUUUUAAUCACAAGAUUAUGUUCUUCCAUUGGACUUUUUAUAGGUUGAUAGACUAAGUCACAUCUCAUCUAAUUGCCUGUGUGAAUUCCAGCACUGUUCAUUUAAUGGGGUUGAGGAAAUACCUUUGGAUAACCAGAUUAAGUUGACAAAGAAGCCAGCCAUGAUUUGUUAAUAAACAGUCAUGAGCCACUGGGGUUUAUGAAGCAUAUUGCUAAUCUGAAGUUACUGGUGGAAGAAGAAAAGUGACAAAAGGAGUUACUCAAUUUCAAGCACAGUGGGUGCACUUGUCUAAGUCUCUUUCUUGUGCUUGGAGUACAUUGUCAGUCCAUCCCCAUCAUUGCUGAGCUAACAGCAGCUAGUGUCUGCAAAGAGGCACUCACUCCCCCAACAGUCACUCAAAUGCAAGGUUACAUUAAAUCAUUUUUGACUAUUCAUAUGUCUUCUCACAGAGAAAGGUAGAAACUGAGUUGAAUUGCUUAAGAUGAAAUAAAAGAUAUUUGUUUGACAAACAAUGUGGACUUAUCAUAAUUGGAAUAAUGAGGGGAAAUUUGAGUGUUUAAUAAGAAAUCUGAGGCUCAAGAAGUCAACUCUUCCAACAGAGAAAUAAACAGUGUAACAAUGCUGUUUUAAACAAAAAACUGUGUUAUAUCUUAAAGAUUACGCAAGUGGAACAUAAAUACAAGCAUGGCUGGGCUGAGUGGUAUGUUCCAAUGUCAUAUAUCAUAUAUAAUCCUGUUCCUCGAAGUAAAAAGAUUUUGGGCUCAAGCUCUAAUCCAGCCUACUGUAGCCUUGUUAUGCUAAGAGAGUACUGUAUGUUCCACCUCUUCGAUGAAAUGCUAUUGAGGUUCUCCAAGACCCCAUUAGCCCUUUCAGGUGAAAUUAGAAUAUGUCAUAACACUACAGGAAAAGGGUUCCUGGUCAAUACUUCAACCAAUAUCAUAUGACCAUGCCACUAUUCCCAAUAAUAAAAACAGUUACAGAGUCAUGCUGCACAGAAAGGGACCCUUCAGACCAACUCAUCUGUGCUGACCAAAAUACCCGUCCAAAAUUGUCCCACCUUGCCCAUGUUUAACCAUAUCAUUCUCAACCUUUUUUUAUCCAUGUGCCUAUCCAAAGUUGUAAUUGUACCUGCCUCAUACAUUCCUGGCAGCUCAUUUCAUAUAGGUACCACCCUCUGUAUUAAAAAGUUUCCCCUCAGGUUCCUAAUAAAUCUUUCCACUCACCUUAACUCUGUGCCCUCUAGUUCUUGAUUCUGCAACUCUGGGGAAAAGACUGAGUGUGUUCACCUUAUCAAUGCUCCUCAUGACUUUGUACACUUUCCAUCCAGCAACAGAUACAUCGUUGUAAAUCUUUUCCUGCACUCUUCAGUUUAAUAACACAUUUCCUAUAGCAGAGUGGCAAAAACGGAACACAAUAAUCCCAAGUACUGCUUCACCAGCGUCUUGUGCUACUGCUAGCUAACCUCCCAGUUUCUUUACUCAGUGCCCUGAGUGGUGAAGGGCAGUGUGCUAAAAGCCUUCUUCACCACCCUGUGACUACACUUUCAAGGAACCAUAUACCUGAGCACCAAAAUCCCUUGGUUCUAUAUCACUUUUCAAAGCUCUACUGUUUACUGUGAAAGUCCUACCUUGAUUGAAUUCCCAAAAUGCAAAAUCUCACACUCAUCUGAAUUAAACUUCAUUUGCCUUUCUCUGGCCUACUAACUCAGCUUAUUAACUCAUCUAUUAUAAUUAUACUUAUAGUUCAGUCUAGCUCUACCUUUCCAAAUAUAUGUUUCAAAAGGUAUCAAAGGUACAUUUAAUGUCAGAGAAAUGUAUACAAUAUACAUCCUGAAAUGCUUUUCCUUUGAAACAUCCAGGAAAACAGAGCAGUGACCCCAAAGAAUGAAUGA